AUGAGUCGACAGCAGCCACUAAAAAUACUCACCUUGGAUGGUGGUGGGCUUCAAGCACUGGCGACAUUGAGUAGUCUCAACGCUGUCUGCAGGGCUAUUGCCAAUCAAAAUGGAGCUGAUCGGCCUCCCGCUCCGCAUGAAUUGUUCGACAUCAUCGGCGGUGUUGGAACUGGCGGCUGGAUUGCAUUGUUGCUAGGACGAUACCGCCUCGAUAUUGCCACAUGUACGGCGAUUUAUAUGGAAAUCGCGACGAAGACAGAUGUCGAGAUGAGCCAGUCGUCUUCGAGGAGGAAUCGCCCAUUCAAGCUGAAUCAGAGUCGGCUCCUGACUGUCGUUGGAGAGACCCUCCAGCGAUAUGGCUUGGAUCCGGCGCUCCUGCCCAGAGAAGGCGGCACAUCAGAAGGAGGUGACAGAAACAGCAGAUGCAAAUAUUCGUUUGCGACCGGAGUGGUCCAGCGUCGAGAGAAGAACAAGCACCCGACAUAUGCCCUGUUCAGGUCCUACCGUGUCCAAGAGAACCAAAAAGGACGGUCGCUGGAGGGUCCGAGUCCAGAAGGCUGCCGAGUUCCUGAAGUUUUCUGUGCUGCUGGGGCGGCCAAAUUCUUCUUGACGCCAUAUAAAAUCGGAAACACCGUCUUCUACGACGAGAUAUUCCCGCAGUCCCACCCGAUUUCUUCAUUGGCUCUCGACGAAGCACUUCGCCUCUAUGGGGAAGAUCUCGAAAUCUCAGUCCUGCUGAACAUCGGACCAGGGAUCCCUGCAGACAAAGACCGUGAGGAGCUGGAUCUAAUGUCUCUCGGACCUAUCAGUCGUUUGGCCCGGAAGUUUAGUUGGCCUUUGGGCAGACGCCUCUCGCUGAAACAAAAACUGCUAUUCGUCGAGGAGGACGAAGAGACGACCCAGAAGGGCUCCAGGCUCACUAGUCCAAGUGAAACCGCGCUGAAGCUGGAAAGUCAAAGACGAGAGGAUGUCCGAGCCCGACUGCAACAGAUGUACGGGGCUCCAGGAGCUGACAAGUAUCAUCAUCUUGGACCUGCCUAUUCUUCAGCUCGAGCUUCUUUGAACGAUGUUCAUGCCAUCCGUCUGUCACAAUCUGGAUUCAGCGACAUGAAAGAGCAGAGCAAAGCUGAGGCAGAAGGGAUCGUGAGGCAGGUUUGGGUGGGUGCCGCGGCAUGA